AAUGUAAAUCUUUCUCUCCAUAAGUUGUUAUUAUUUCAUAUGGGGACAAAAGAUGUAGACACAGAUACAGAUGUAUGCACACACUUUUACACACACAGAUGCACUAACUUAUCAGCAAACCCAAUUUCUCGCAGCAGCAGCUGCGGGACACCAACCAGCAACAAGCAACUCUUUGAAUGAACUUUGACAAGGUGUUGUUCUUUUCCCCCCUCCCUCUGUCGUCUGUCUUCCGGGAACACUAAUAGGCUCCAUGCAGAGUAAUGUGACCAAUUGAAUCAUCCUCGCCCUGGAGCUGGAAGCUGCAGAUCGGAGGAGCAGAGAGCGCCGCGCUCAGUCCGGCUCCCACACCGAGAAAAACUCUCUGGGGUGACACUAUCAGUUUCUCUUUGGGACUCCUCUGGGAUUUUAUACCCCGUCCUCCAAGGAACUAGUGGCACUAUUUCCUUCUGCCUCGGCCCCUUUGCCCACUUGGCAGACCACAGACCAGUUCUUAGGUGAAAAGGUCAGAGGGCCCCUGUUUAGCCCUGACUGCAGCUCUAGGAUCAUCCUCACUUUGACUUACUCUGCUUGAGAUCCACCUGCAACCAUGACAACCAAAUCCAACAGUGGGGUUCUGGGUGGCAAGGCCUCCUCCUCUCCUCUCUUGUCCUCUCCACCCCGCCAACGUCUGGUCACCAAAGACGGACACUGUGCCCUUCGUCCCCCUCUAUGCCCUUCAGGCUCAUGGCGCGGGGCCUCGGGCAGAGCCUGGCUUCUGGCCCUGCAGGACCUGUGGGGACUGUUGGUGGGUCUGCGCUGGAGAUGGGUCCUGCUGGCCUUCUGCGCCUCCUUCCUGGCCCACUGGCUGCUGUUUGCCUGCCUGUGGUACUUGCUCGCUCACCUCAACGGAGACCUGGCUGUGCAGGACCAUGAUGCCCCCCCACAGGGGCAUGUGGUUUGUGUGAAGCAUAUUACCAGCUUCACUGCUGCUUUUUCUUUCUCCCUGGAAACACAGCUGACCAUUGGGUAUGGCACCAUGUUCCCCAGUGGGGACUGUCCUAGUGCCAUAGCACUGCUGGCUGUGCAGAUGUUGCUGGGGCUCAUGCUGGAAGCAUUCAUCACAGGUGCAUUUGUAGCCAAGAUUGCACGUCCCCAGAAGCGAGCAGGAGCCAUCCAGUUCAGCCCCCAGGCAGUGGUGGGCCAACACCAAGGCCAGACGUGCCUCAUGCUACGAGCCACCAACCUACUGCAGCGACCACUGGUGGAUGUGAAGGUGAGUGCUGUGCUCUAUGAGGAGCAUGAAGGUCAGGCUUUGCACCAGACCUCUCUGGACUUCCACUUGGAUCAUCUGGGCCAACAGCCCUGUCCCUUCUUCAUCUUUCCCCUCACCUUUUACCAUCCCCUGGACCGCCGCAGCCCACUCUACCCUGCCCUGUGUGAGGGCAUGUCCAACCACUUUGAAUUAGUGGUAUUCCUGUCAGCCUUGCAGGAGGGAACUGGUGACUCCUGCCAGAAGAGGACCUCUUACCUGCGCCAAGAAAUCCAGUUUGACCGUCGCUUUGUCCCCGCCUUGGGGCUGGACGCUCGAGGGAGAUACAUGGUAAACACCCAGCACUUUGACACGGCCCACUCAAAAGAGUCUUUGAACAAGGACUGUGUGGUACAGAUCAACGGUGAUGGCAGUGACAGAAUGGAGUAAGAAUGCUGAAGGGGAGGGAUCAUAGGAACAGCAGGAGUUUCUGAGGCAUAACUGGGGAGGGUAACAAUGGGGCAGAUAUUUUCUUUAGGAGGUAUUUGGUUUAAUUGGUACAUCUGAAUUUAUUCACGUAACAUUUUUAAUUAAAAUGUACAUCAGAUGUAGGUGCUGCUGCAGACUCCCUCAGCACCUCCCUUCAAUCACUUGGAAUGUUGCACUAGGGACUCCUUCCUAGUCUAGGGAUUUCUAGUGCAACAACCAGGGUCUUACCUGCCACUGGCUUCCCACCGCUCAAUAUAUGCAGUAGUGUUGGUUGGAGUACCUGGCCAGCAGAGGGCACAGUUUCUGAAAAUUCAGUGUGAAUAAAUAGUUUUCUACAAGUUGCCCAUUGGUUCUAUCGGUUAUAACAACGCUAUGAUACCAUACUCACAAAGUUAAUAGCUGAGAUCUGAGAACAUGGCUACAUAGCUACACAAGCAGUCAGACGAUCAGGCACGUUUGAAACAAAACUCCACACAUACAACAAGAGAAUGGUAAAAUUAUAUUAUUCUUAUUAUAUUAUUUAUAUUAAGAUCUGUUACACUUUAUAGACCCACUUUCUGCUUCAGCUUUGAGCCACCAUGUGGGUUAUCCCACAAUUAGGCACAUUAUAGGUGUGCUCACUUUUGGUUUCACCUUAAAACAAAGUGGGAGCUAAUUUGUCUUAACCUGUUGGUUACUGGUCAUCUGACUGCUAUAGUAGUAUUUUGCAGUGUUAGAGCUAAUUUCAGCAAUGUGCCUUCUGAGACAUCCACAGUUACUAUGCUGAAUAGAACAUUAUCGUACCUAGUGGAAAAAAACAUGGUCAUAAAGUUGUAAUAAACUGCAGUUUUCUUUUAAAUUUUAUCUAAAUUAAUAAGCAUUUCGUCAUUCUUACUUUUCGUGUGAGGUUUUGUAACUGGAUUGAGUAUGAUCAAGCUAUAUUUGAAAAUAUUUUGUUUAUUUGUGGUGGCACAAUCAAUUUCAAAUUCAGUUCCAGUAAUCAAUAUUUUAUUAUAACACUGAAUCAAAUGUCAAUGUGUAAAAUAGUAUUCAUAGUGAUGGACCCACAGAGAAUAAUCACCAACUCCAUUUUCUGUUCAUGUUUCACGGCAUAUUUGGUGUUUGGUUCACUUCCUCCAUUCUUAUCAACCUGGUUUCCAGCAGCAGCAGGCAGCUGUCAGCAAAAAAAGCUCCAACUGUGCAGCGCACAGCAGCAAACAGACACAAUUAGAAGCUAGCUGGUAAACAUAGUGGACCAUUUAGCUGCUAGAGGCUAAUAUUUUCUUCAGGAGUUGGUGGAGACCAAGAAAGAGCUAAAAGACAGAGAAUAUUGGACUUCAUCAGGUCGACACAAACACCAUUCUCCAUGAAUGAUUAUGUUGCUCUGAUUUGUUAAUAUGUGACAGUUGUCAAAUUGUUCUUCUGUACUUGAGUGACAAAAAAAUGUAUGUAGCUUUAAGAAAAAUGUAAACUUUAUUGUAUUUGAGUGUUUCUGACUUUGUUGACAAUAAUUUGAAAGAUGCCAUGAUCACAUAAAACAUUUACACAUGAAGAAUGAAUGAAAACAGUUUGCACAAUGUUCUCAGUCCCUGGGUGUAGAUGAAUCUGACUUUGAAAAGUGAACUUGAAAUGCAUUGUGCCACCACAGCUUGAACUUGAAAUAUGUAUACCUGAAUUUAUUGAAAUUUGUUUUAUCAAUUCAGUUUCACAAACAACAAAUUUUCCAAACUUCAUAUUCACAAGUAAGGAACAUGGAUUAAAUUCCAAAUUAAACCAUAUAUUCAAAUCCAACCACAUUCAAAUCUAAUAAAUAUCUGCCUAUAGGUUAUCAGGUAUUGCUGCAGACUAACUAAAGGUUAGGACCAAUUAUGAUGAAUAGUAAUGAUGAAUGGAAAUAACAGGGUUGGCACCAGGCAGAUGGUGUUGGGGGUUGUCAUAACCAUUUCCAUUUUCUAACUUCUGUAAGCAGCACAUUAUGUCACACUUUGCAGUUGUUAGCAAAGAGGUUCUGGGUUCUAACCUGGCUUUGUGGAGUUUGCUUGUUGUUCCCAAGCCGCACGGGUUUCCUCUCUGUCCAAGUCCAGUUAGUGACUCAAAAAUUGCCUGGACGUGUGAAUCGUUCUGUCUCUUUGUGUCAGUCGUGUAAUUGACUGGUGAGCUGGACAGGGUGUAUCUUGCCUCUCACCCAAAGUCAGCCUGGAGCUGAUUCCAGCUGACUUUGGGUGAGAGGCAAGAUACAUAACGGUUGGGUGGAUGGAUGCUCCACAGUUCCUUCACUGCUGACCACGCCCACUCUGGUCACAUUUAGAGGACCAUGACACCAUAAUGUUUUCCAUUGAUGAAUGUGUUAUUUGUACCUUCAUUUCACUUCACUAUGAAAAACAUCAUGUCUCCUUUCAUUGUAGUCAAAGUUGUGGUGCUAUGUAGUAAUCAGUAAGCAGUGUUACAUGUGAAUCAUAGCAUACUGAAGCAAACAGAAGCCAGUGGCUGCCUGGAACUGAAGUGAAUAUUUUACACUUUGUGAGAGAAUUACUUUUGGCACAGAAGAUCAUUUUAAGUUAACAAGCCUCAGAACCAGCCCUCUAUAACUGAAUAAUGGAAUUAGUAGGUAUGGCAGGUAUAUUGAAAGCAUUGAAAGAGCAAUUAGGACUAAUAAGGAAGGGACAGAGUGACUCUUCUGUCAUCUCUAUAAAAGCGCAUUCAUGUUGCUGAUCAACAUUUUCCUCUAAUGAUGUUUGUGGACUAACAUCAGAACUGAAGGAUUACACUGUAGACCAUCAACAUGAACUGACAAUCACAACAAAACAUCAGAUGGUUGUUAUUCCCUUGUCUAUAUUAAGCUGCUAAGGUUACUCAUCGGAAGCCUUUUGGAUCAAAUACAUCAAUGUCUUAAAGUGAGUUAUCUAACAUUAGAGCAAGAAAUGACACAUGCCUCAGUAGUGACUGAUUGAAUGAUACUGACUGCUGAUUGAUUUGUAGAUGAAUGCCUUUAUUUUGAAAAAUCAUUGCCUAAAUCAGUAUGCAAAGCAGAAAUUAAUGUAUUAUGUUCAAUUUGUAUAAUAAUAAAUGUCUCUAGAUAUAACAAAGACAGUUAGAAAGAAGUUGAAAUGUUGUAGAAAAUGUUUGUAUCUGGAGUAUAAAAGGCUGAAUCACUUUGUUAUCUAUGUGGUUUAAAAGAAAUCAUGUAGCAAUUUCAGACAUAAGAGAGGACAUGUUCCACAAAAUGUGAUUGUGAAGGAUGGUGAAGGAGAUCUCAAUGUAUCUCAUAUGCUCCAGUCCCUUUGUACAGUGUACAUUACAUGAAAUAAAUAUUUUCUAAACAAG